AUGGUUAAAGACAAAGUCAUUGUCAAAGUGACAGAACCGUCUGUAUUGGUCAGCAGUAUGGUAACUGUUGAACAACCCAAUGGCUCUUUAAGGGUAUGCCUAGACCCUAAAGACCUGAAUGAAGCAAUAGUGAGACCACACUAUCCAUCUAGAUCAAUAGAUGAUAUUUUGCCUGACUUGACAGGUGCAACUGUAUUUUCCAAAUUUGACGCGAGAACCGGUUAUUGGUCUGUUAAACUGAACAAGAAAUCAUCAUUUCUGACAGUUUUCAAUACUCCAUUUGGCAGAUAUAGGUAUCUGAGACUUCCCUAUGGUGUAAAUUGUGCUCAUGACGUCUUCGUCCAGAAAAUGGAGUCUUGUCUUGAAGGUUUAAAUGGCGUCAAGGUCAUUGUUGACGAUAUUGUUUGCUAUGGCAAAGACAAACAAGAACAUGACAGAAACUUGGAAAAACUUAUGGAAAGAUGUCAACUAAAAGGUCUCAAACUUAAUGCUGACAAAACCGAGAUUGGUAAGUCAGAAAUACCUUUCUUUGGACAUUUACUGACGUCAGACGGACUGAAAAUUGAUCCUUCAAAGGACAUUCCAGUAGCUGACACACUAAGUCGCAACUAUUUGCAAGAUGAACAGAUUGAUGUAUGUAAAGACAUAGAUGUUCAUGUACAUUCUGUCAUGGAAAACAUUGCUAUGAGUGAUCAGAAAAUGACCCUGAUCAAAAGCAAAAUUGAGACUGAUCAAGAGAUGCAGACUCUGAAACACACAAUAUUAACAGGUUGGCCUGAUAAGAGACAGAACUGUCCAAAUAGUAUUUUACAAUAUUGGAAUUUUAGAGACGAACUUACAGUCAUUGACGAUUUUUUGUUAAAAGGAAACAAUGUCAUAAUUCCCAAAGAUUUGAGACAUAUGAUGAUGGACAAAGUUCAUGAUUCACACUUAGGCAUAGAGAAAUGUACUCAGCGUGCAAGAAGUGUAAUGUUUUGGCCCAAUAUGACCAAAGACAUAAAGAACAAAGUACUCAAUUGUCCCAUAUGUCUUGAACAUAGAGACUCCAAUGUCAAGGAACCAAUGAUUCCUAAUCAGAUUCCCAGCAGGCCAUGGGAUGUUGUGGCUACUGAUAUUUUUCACUGGAAUGACAGUAACUACAUUGUUGUAGUUGAUCUGUAUAGCAGAUAUUAUGAAUGCGGGUUACUCAGAAAUAUGAGAACUGACACGGUUAUUCACAAAUUGAAGGGCUAUUUUGCUACACAUGGAAUACCCUCAAAAGUCAUUAGUGACAAUGCAGGACAAUAUUGUAGUCAGGAAUUUGACAAAUUUGUUAGAGAAUGGGAUUUUGAACAUGUUACGUCAUCGCCGUUACACUCACAAGGCAACGGUGUUACUGAAAGAUGUAUUCAAACAAUCAAAAAGAUUUUCACAAAAUCUCUACAAGAUAACAAAGAUCCUUAUCUUGCAGUUCUCGAAUACAGAAAUGCACCGCUUUCAUGUGGCAAAUCACCAGUACAAUUACUAAUGAGUAGGGAGACUAGGUCUAUUUUGCCAGUAACACGCAAACACCUUGAGCCAAAAGUUCAAAAUAGGCAUGAAAUCAAAAGCAAAAUGUCAAAAUCAAAAAUCAAAUCAAAGACAUGGUUUGAUAAAUCUGCCAAGCCCCUCACACAAUUGUCACAAGGAGAAACAAUUAGAAUCAAACAAGGUAAACGCUGGAAACAGGCAAUCGUUAGGAAACAAGUGCAUGACAGAUCAUACAUUGUUGAAACUAAUGAUGGUGGUUUCUAUAGACGAAACAGAAAUCAUUUGUUGAAGACAAAUGAAAAACAAUUUCAAAUCAUAGAUACACAUCCAUGCAAUGGCAACGACAUUCGUCUAACUGAUCAAUCACAACAUGACAGUGACAGAAACAUACAAAAUCAAUCAGAGCGAAACUUUCUCAUGAUAACACUCAGUCGCAACAACAACAACAACCAUCAGCACCAACUGAUGUUGCUGGCAAUAGUGAUUCUAACAUGUACGUCACUAGAUCAGGAAGACAGGUCAAAGUACCUCAAAGGUGUGCGAGUUUCCGGAAGUAGUCUCAUUACACUCAGGACUACGCACAGGGUACAGAAGGAAGACAAUUCAGCUCUCUAUAUGCUUAUCAAAUAA